UCUGACGUGUGUUUGUUGCCGGCGGGGGGCGGCGCCUGCUCACUGGUGCAGAUCAGCGGGCUGCCGGCGGACGGGAGCAGCGCAUGCGCACUUGGGGGUUUGUUGCCGGCGGAUCUGCGCCUGCGCACUGGGGGCAGGCCCGGCGAUGGGCUGGUUGCGAGCGGCCGGCUGUCGGCAAGAAACGUCACCGUGUCGCUGAUCGCGCGAGCCGGCAGAGCUCGGACUCUGGGCCUGGACCUGGGCCGGGCGUGGCUGCGAGCUGCGAGGCUGGCAAACGGGGGACACAUGGCGCCGGCGUUCACCACGGGAGGUGAAGUAAGGAAUCGUCCUCAAGAUGAUCUGAAAAUAAUUCUGCAAAAGCGCAUCAUGGUGUUGGAUGGGGGGAUGGGCACCAUGAUUCAGCAAUACAAACUUGGCGAAGAUGAUUAUCGUGGUGACGAAUUCAAAGAUCAUCCAAAACUUUUAAAGGGGAACAAUGAUCUUCUCAGCAUAACACAAUCUGACAUUAUCUGCAAAAUUCAUGAGGAAUAUUUGCUGGCUGGAGCGGAUAUUGUGGAGACAAACACCUUCUGUAGUACAAGAGUUGCACAAGCUGACUAUGGAUUACAACAUUUGGCAUAUCGACUAAACAGAAUCUCAGCAGAGCUGGCCAGACAGGUGGCUGAUGAUGUAGGAGCACAAACAGGUAUCAAAAGAUAUGUGGCGGGGGCUAUCGGACCAACCAACAAAACGUUGUCAGUAUCCCCAUCUGUGGAGAGACCAGACUACAGAAAUAUAACAUUUGAUGAGUUAGUUGAAGCGUAUGAGGAACAGGCCAGAGGCUUGCUUGAUGGUGGUGUUGACAUCCUCCUAGUGGAGACCAUUUUUGAUACAGCAAACGCAAAGGCUGCCCUGUUUGCCAUACAACAGUUGUUCCUUGAGGAGUAUGAGCCCAGGCAUAUUUUUGUUUCUGGAACAAUCGUAGAUAAGAGUGGGCGCACACUGUCUGGUCAGACAGCAGAGGCAUUUGUCAUCAGUGUAUCCCACGCAGACCCGCUUGGCAUAGGAUUAAAUUGUGCUCUGGGAGCUGUGGAAAUGAGACCAUUCAUAGAAGCAAUUGGAAGAUGCACACCCGCCUAUGUAUUAUGCUACCCUAAUGCAGGACUUCCAAAUUCAUUUGGAGGCUAUGACGAAACACCCGGAAUCAUGUCAAAACACCUGAAGGAAUUUGCCAUGGAUGGGCUAGUGAACAUCGUCGGAGGUUGCUGUGGAACUACUCCAGCUCAUAUACGGGCAAUAGCAGAAGCAGUCCAGAAAUGUAGGCCAAGGAUUCCUCCUCAUCCUCAUGUUUUUGAAGACUUCUUGCUGCUUUCCGGUCUUGAGCCUUUCAGAAUUGGCCCAUACACCAACUUUGUUAACAUUGGAGAGCGUUGUAACGUGGCAGGAUCCCGAAAGUUUGCUAAACUUAUCAUGGAAGAUAAUUAUGAGGAAGCCUUGAAUAUAGCCAAGAUCCAAGUCAAUAAGGGAGCUCAAAUCCUGGAUAUCAACAUGGAUGAUGGAAUGUUAGAUGGCAAGAGUGCGAUGAUCAGAUUUUGUAACCUUGUAUCAACGGAACCAGAUAUUGCCAAGGUCCCAGUUUGUAUAGAUUCUUCAAAGUUCAGUGUGAUUGAAGCAGGUUUGAGGUGUUGCCAGGGCAAAUGCCUUGUUAAUAGUAUCAGUUUGAAGGAAGGAGAGGAAGACUUUCUGGAGAAAGCACGUAUAAUUAAACAGUUUGGAGCUGCUGUUGUGAUAAUGGCAUUUGAUGAGAAAGGACAGGCGACCGAUAUUGAAUCCAAAGUGGCAGUGUGCACUAGAGCGUAUUACUUGCUUGUGAACAAAGUCAAAUUUAACCCCAGUGAUAUCAUAUUUGAUCCAAAUAUACUCACUAUUGGAACUGGAUUGGAGGAGCACAAUCUCCAUGCUGUAAAUUUCAUCAAAGCGACUUCAAUUAUGAAGGGAGCAUUGCCUGGAGCCAGAGUAAGUGGAGGUCUUUCAAAUCUGUCCUUCGCAUUUCGUGGAAUGGAGGUAAUCCGAGAGGCCAUACACAGCGUAUUCCUUUACCAUGCUAUAAAGGCAGGGAUGGAUAUGGGAAUUGUGAAUGCAGGAAACCUGCCUGUUUAUGAUGAUAUUGACAAAGAACUGCUGGAGUUGUGUGAGAAUCUGAUCUGGAACAAAGACCCUGAAGCUACUGAGAAAUUGCUGUGUUAUGCACAGAAUCAUGCCAAAGGUGGAAAAGCAGCAGUAACUACUGACGAAUGGAGGAAUGGAACUGUUGAGGAACGUCUCGAAUAUGCCCUCAUUAAGGGUAUAGAAAAAUAUGUCGUAGAAGAUACAGCAGAAGCAAAAGCCGAUCUGCACAGUUACCCUAGGCCCUUGCAUGUAGUCGAAGGACCUCUGAUGAAUGGGAUGAAAGCUGUGGGGGAUUUGUUCGGAGCAGGAAAGAUGUUUCUACCACAGGUCAUUAAAUCUGCUCGCGUAAUGAAGAAAGCUGUGAAAUAUCUGAUCCCUUUCAUGGAGCAGGAGAGAGAGGAACUGCUGAUGCAGCCAGGCCAUUUCAAAGAAAUUAACCCAUACCAAGGGACCAUUGUGUUAGCCACUGUAAAGGGAGAUGUUCACGACAUUGGCAAGAAUAUUGUUCGGGUGGUGCUGGGCUGCAAUAAUUACCGAGUAAUUGACCUAGGAGUUAUGACUCCAUGCGAUAAAAUACUCCAGGCUGCUAUCGAGAAUAAAGCAGAUAUUAUUGGCCUGUCUGGUCUCAUCACGCCAUCUUUGGAUGAAAUGAUACAUGUCGCUAAGGAAAUGGAACGGAUAGGUUUGAAACUGCCUUUACUGAUCGGUGGAGCCACAACCUCGAAAAGGCACACAGCUGUCAAAAUUGCACCAAGGUAUAAUGCACCAGCAAUCCAUGUUCUAGAUGCUUCUAAAAGUGUUGUUGUGUGCUCUCAACUUUUAGAUGAUGACCUGAAAGAUGACUACUUUGAGGAAAUAACUGAAGAAUAUGAAGAAAUUCGACAGAAUUACUAUGAGUAUUUAAUGGACAGAAAAUACUUAACUUUAGAGCAGGCCAGGAGUCAAGGAUUUCACAUCGACUGGCUCUCCCAUCCGAAACCAGUGAAGCCGAUGUUUAUCGGCACCCGGUCCUUUAUUGAUUACGACCUGUGGAGACUGACGAGCUUUAUUGACUGGAAACCUUUCUUUGACGUUUGGCAGCUGAAAGGAAGGUACCCAAAUCGAGGAUUUCCCAAAAUCUUUAAGGACAAAACAGUUGGUGAAGAAGCCAAGAAGGUUUUUCAAGAUGCGCAGAAUCUGUUGAAAAAACUGAUUGAAGAGAAGAAAUUGAAGGCCAGAGGAAUUAUAGGGUUCUGGCCAGCUCAGAGUGUUGGGGAUGACGUAAACUUGUAUGAAGAGGAUAAUUUCCCUCACAUUGGUGAACCAGUGGCAAAGUUUCAUGGUUUACGGCAACAGGCCAAGAAGGACUCCUUCAGUGCAGAAAAAUACUGUUGCAUUUCCGACUUCAUUGCACCCAGGGACUCGGGAGUGGCGGAUUACAUCGGCAUGUUUGCAGUGGCUUGCUUUGGUGCUGAGCAGCUGAGCAAACAGUACGAAAAGGAGGGUGAUGACUACACUAGCAUCAUGGUGAAAGCACUGGCAGACAGACUGGCUGAGGCCUUUGCUGAAGAAAUGCAUGAAAGAGUCCGUAAGGAAUUUUGGGGCUAUUCCCCUGAAGAAAACCUGACGGUUACCGAUCUGCACAGAAACAAAUAUGUGGGAAUCCGCCCAGCUCCAGGGUACCCAAUCCAGCCGGAUCACACUGAAAAGAUAACAAUGUGGAAACUGGCUAACGUCGAGGAGAGCACAGGAAUUGCAAUGACAGAAUCCUUGGCCAUGACUCCCGCAGCUGCUGUCUCAGGGCUUUACUUUUCCAUUACAGAAUCUAUGUACUUUGCAGUUGGAAAAGUUACUAAGGAACAGGUUGAAGAUUAUGCAGCCAGAAAGCAGAUGAGAAUAGAAGAUGUAGAGAAAUGGCUUGGACCUAUUUUGGGAUACGAUACCGAUUCUUGAUACCUCAACUAUGAUUUGUCUCAAUUGAGCACAAUUUGCUACAUUAGUAUUAAACAUUAGGUCUUCCUGCAUUUCUUCACUAUGGUGUUAAUAAUGUUACAAAAAGUCUAUUUGCAAUAGAAAUUCUGACCACGAUAUUUCUGAACGCAACAGAAUUUAUGAAACUUCAAUGUAUUUAAGGAUGGAAUUAAACAAUAUAAGAAUUUGCUGUUUUUCUCCCCUUUUAUUCCACAUUGGCCAUAAUAUUCCCAACAGGAAAUUUAACUAUUUUCACUUGACAAAAGUUAAAAGCCAAUAUCAAUAGGUGUAUAUAAUUUUUUUAAUUUUGAUGGGUACUCACCUAGGUCCACUUCCAAGAACCUAAGACAAGUGCUGGUACGUAUUCUUUUAACAGAUCUAAUUUUUUUUAAAAAGGUGAUUAUAUAAAUAUCUUGUUAUGGUACUCAAGGUUCAUAAUCAUCAGCAUUCAUUCUGGACUGUUUAUGUUUCUUACUGCUUUCGAUUUUCACUGAUCGUGUACACUACUGAAGUACUUCAUUACUUGGAGCACAGGGUUUAAAAUCAUGAGGGAAUAGAUAGGAUGAAUGCAGUCUUUUGCCCACCUAGCUGAGAGGAGAGGAAGAGUUAAGAGAAUACAACCACUAGAGUUCCAACUUUGAAAAUAACUGAUGAAUAAUGUUAAAAAUCUACAUGGUUAGAAUACGUUUUGUUCCAUUACAGGAACGGAUUAUUAUUGCUAUUGAUCCUACCUAUACAUUUCAGAAUCUUGUAAAACAUACAGCAUAGUAGCAUUGUUUAUAAUAGCAAAGUUUUAAUAGUUUAAACUAGUCCUACCAUUAAGUCUCAACACUCCCUGCCCAUCACAACACCAAAAGAAUUGAUGCAUCAUUUCUGGACAAGAAGUCAAACAUCAAGUAUUCCAACAUCACUUUAUUGGAAAUAAAAUCUAGUACAAUAAAAGAACAUUUCACCUGAUGUGAGAAAAGGAAAGCAAAACAUAAGCACGGAAUAAUGCUGAUAGUUUGAAUUCACAAUCUUUAUUACCAUGUCAACAAAAACAAAUUCACAUUUUUAAAACAAAAAUAGCUAAUUAUUCCAAAGAAUUUCACCACAGGGCCUUUAUCAACCACAAAAAAAAUGACUCUGGUAUUCCUAUUCUAUAGAUCACAUCUUAGAAAUGCAAACUUAAGGGUUCACUGAGUAGUUUCAACUAAGUUCCAAACUUGUUUGUCCUUUAUUUAAAAAAGUGAUUACAUUGGAAUCAGCACAAUGUUCUCCAAACCAGAUCAGCUUAUGUACACAAAUUUAAAAAAAUUGUUGAUAAGUUUUAAACAUUAAUUGCUUACUGUUAGUAAGCUGGAAUUAUUUUAUAGUAC